AUGAGGAGCAGCGAGGCCAUGGAGCUCCUGGGCUUCGCUCCCUACUCCCGCCCGUCCCCUUCCGAGGUUAAGGCUGCGUAUAGAAGAAUGGUCAUGGAGUCCCAUCCCGAUCGCGUCCCGAUGGAUCAGAAGCCUCAAGCCGAGUCAAAAUUCAAGCAGGUAGUAGAAGCAUAUUCUUGUUUGAAGGAUGGUCGAAGAUUUGGGAACAGAAUGGAAGUACAUGUAAUGAGGUCUGGUGUUCCAACGGGAUACAGAAGAUCAAACAAGAUAUUGGUUAAAGCCCCCUUUCUGCUCAUAAUUUGUGCCGCAGUUUCCUUUGGUUCCUACAGCGCUUCGAGGGCAUACCAGCGGCAAAAGGAUGUGUGUUCCUCUCAGAACCCUUUUCUUCCAUAAUGGAAACUCAUUGUACUGUCGAUAUCCAUAUAAGCUAAUAGAAGAGAAGAUCUGUGUGUUGCAAUUUGAGAUGCAAAACAAUCUCUCCACUGAAUAAAGGCACCAAUCACUGUUUGUGAUUUCAAAGAAAAGACACAUGCUUUGUAGAUGUUCAGUUUAGCUCUAGGGAGCAUAUGCUCCUGCGCGCCGCUUCCCUGAACGUUUUGUCCAGUGGACAAAAGAUGUCGUUAGUAAUGGAAAGGUUGCCAUCACUAUUAAUGAUGUUAUUGGCCCGUAUUUUGUUACCAGGAAGGGUUUGAGGCAAGGGGAUCCGUUUUCCCCCUUGCUUUUCAAUUUGGCGGCUGAUGUUCUUGCUACCCUGGUGCAAAGGGCGCAAGAACAAGGAUUUAUCAAGGGAGUGUUGUCUAGGUUGUAUUCAGGAGGUCUAAAUAUUUUGCAAUAUGCGGACGAUACUAUUUUCUGUUUUGAAGAUGACCUUGAGGGGGCUAGGAACCUCAAAAUUGUUAGAGUUAUAAUAUAAGUCAUGAACCCCUUUGUAUUUAUCACGUUGUAUAAGGGGUUUCCUGCAUAUGUUCCACACCUGUACAUGUAUAUAUAUAUCGGCCUAUGGC